CUCAUAGGGUCGAAUACGGUAUUAAAUUAGCUUUAGCUGGAACGGGAAAGUUAACGUUUGUUUCUUCCGUGUCGAUUUUGGUGAGCCCCGAUUACUUUUUUUUGCAGAUACGGUUACCUAGCAACUGCCAGCGAGAUAGCAACGGUGUUUGGCAAAUGUCACUGCUAACGCGGAUUUGAUUCAAUAAAAUGCAUCUCGCAUGCUUUCAGAUGAAUUUUACGGUAUGAUGAAAAUGUAAAAAAAAUAAUAGCAUUUAGCCCAAAUUAGCUAGCUAGCUGCCAUAUGUGGCUGUCGUCUGGAUUCUAAGCUGGAGAGCGAGAGUGCUAAAUUAGCUUUGCUAACAGUAACGUUGACGUUACCCACCGGUCCAUCUGUUUAUUCAAAGAUGUCUUUCCAAGAGUUACUUCGUCCUGCUGAUGAAGAGGAGGCUUUCUACGUGCAGUGCAGAGCCGCAUACCUUGCUGUGUUCAGAUCUAGUUUGACAUGUAUCACUUCGAAACAGCAGCUAUGUCGUGCUCUUCAGCAGGCUGGUAGAAAUCCAACCAAUGCAACUCUCAAUAAAUAUUGGACCCAGAGAACAUCCAAACUGAACUUUGAUGACUUCUGUGAGAUUCUUAAAAAUGAGAAGAGAACUGAGGAAACAGAGCUGAUGAGAGCCUUCAAAAAGAUGGAUGUGAACAGUGAUGGCUACAUUUCACACAGUGAACUGGAGAAGGCCCUCACCACUAAAGGAGAGAAAAUGACCACUGAAGAGGUGAAUGCUAUUUUCUCAUUGGCUGACAUCAACAAAGAUGGAAAACUGGACUAUUCAGAAUUCUGCAGAUUGCUUGUGUCUACAGCAGAGCAGUGUCAGAUGGCUGCUUUGGAGAGGCUCGAGGCUAAUGCCAAGCUGAAGAGACAGAACUUUGGCAGUCAGUCAUACAGCCCUCCGAAGAGCUCAGUGUCAUCGGCAUCAUCAGCAUCAGCACAAGCGGCAGCGACUCUCUCUCAGCCUCCAGAAACACCCCAGGCAGAAUCAGACACCACACUCAAGAAAGAGAGCCGAUCAUCCUCCCGUCCUUCUUCCGCUCGCAGUAGACGGUCGUCCCUGUCCAACUCGAUCACAAUGACAACCAGCAGCACUAAGGGCAGCAAAAUACCAGAGCCUUCAGGCUUACAGGAGUGGCAUCACAGUUAUAUGAAGGGCUGUUUCUUCCUGGAGGAUGAUGGGAGUAUCGGCUCUCUACAGUACCAGCUCCACGUCCCCCAGACAACUAACGUCUACCUAACCAUUCAACCACUCAGCUUCAGCCACGGACCCGACAAGCCUUCUUCAUGGAUGACAGUGGACACAGCUCUUUUUGUCAUGUCAGCUGGUGAAAUCAGAGAGGAAUCAACUUUAGUGUGUUUCACUGAGUCGAAAGACAAAGAAAAGUAUGUUUGGAAAGGAGAAUUGCAUGCUGGGACUUACUACCUGCUUCCCUUUACCAGUGGCUGCAAACUAAAGAAAAGGAGCAAAAAGAGCCUUUCUAAUAAACCGUUAGAGCUCAUCUACAGGACUGACACUGGAGAACUAGACCUCACCAGGGAGCUCAGGGAGGUGCUGUCUGACAUCUUUGAGGUGAUAGACCUGGAUGGGAAUGGUUUGCUCAGUCUAGAGGAGUACAAUUUAUUUGAGCUAAGGACCAGUGGAGAGAAAUGUGACAAGGAUGCCUGGGCUGUCUGCAAAGAGAACUUUGAUAUGAGAAAGAACCAGCUGACACAGCAGGGUUUCAUGGAGCUGAACUUGAUGGAGGCCACAGAGAAAGAUGGAGACCCUGCAGACCUGUGGGUCACCCUGGAAGCCAUGGGCUACAACCGAAUGCUGGAGCUGGUAGAGGCUUGUCCAUUCCAGAUAGAUGUGCACUGUGAAGGCACUCACCCAUCCAUCCAGCCACUCAGUAUGGACUCAGGGCCCAAACUUCUGAUCCAGGCCCUCCAGAAGUCCAUCACAGCCAGGACAGGGGCCAAAGCACUGAGGGGACAAGACAAUGUCUUCAUCUACACCUACCGAGGAGAACACAGGAUCUCCUCCCUCAUAGCCAACAAGGCCAACCAGAAAGUGACUGUCCAUGUAAACAAUGAGCAGAGCAGGAACUGCUGCAGCAGCAGAGGCAUGAGUGUGUUUGCUGUUGAGGUGCCAGCCAGGACUAAGAUGGUGUGCCAACACAUCCUGCCCAUCAAUGAGAGACAAGAUUGGACCUACAACUGUGUGGAGACCAUACUACCCUGCUAGUGAAGCUGUACUCCCAUCACUCACCUAUGCUAAUGAUACAGAUAAGCCAUGGUCAGAAAUAAUUCAUAAACCAUUGGUUUUAAAUAGGAUACAAAACAAAUAGAAACUGUUCUAUAUCCACUGGCAAUGUGAAAACUGUGUGACUGGUCAGACCAAAUGUGUUAUUUUACUGUAACUAAGACCUUCUGCCUGCUUGUGGCAAGAACUGUGUUUCAGAAGCUCUGUGACUUGAUGCAUCAGAGGUGUUAACUAUUAAUGGCAGCAAGAGAUGGUCACUGUAGUGACAAAGUACAGCUGAUAAUGGUUGUUACUGUUUUGUAUGUGUGACAUGUUUCCAAAAAUUUCAAAAUUCGUUUUACAAUAAUUAACAUUUUAAAUGUAUAAAGUGCAUAGAUCAAGGAUUAUAUUGCCAACAUGUCACUUUUAUUUUUAAUUCAUCCUUUAAAUGAUGGCUAGUGUCAUGGAGAAUUGACAGUAGAUUUAAUAAUUUUCAAAAAAAGAAUCUCGAAAGUCUACUCAUGUGCCUGUUACUUUAUGUAAUGUCAAUAUAUAUUUUGUCGUAGCAAUUUAAUUUAUAUACCAUAUUCAUAUUCAUUAAAUACAACUUUGGUUCUCCAACAACAUACAAUCACGACUAAAUAAAUGAGAUUUAGUUUUUGUUGUUGCUGCUUUUCAUGUCAUGGUAUACAGUCAUGUAAUUGUAGAGGCCAAAACAAACUUUUUCAUUUUCUUGUGUUUUUAUAUAUUUUACUCUGAAAAACAUUGAAUCAUUUUCCUCGUGUAGAUGUAAAUAUUAUAAUAAAUAAAUAAAUAUUCCUAUUACAGAUUUUCCUUAACCGAUAUCUCUUUGGUUUACACUUUUAAAUUCAGCCCUUCAUUAUGCCCCACAUCAACAUCUUGUUUCAACAGGAAAUGCAUAAAAAUAAAGGCAGAUGCUCUACAAAUG